CUAGCAGCCUUGAGUUUCCUCAACGCCUGAAUCUGGACGCGUUCGUGGAGAUGUGCGGUUGAGAAAACUCAACGCGAUUUCUGCACGUACCCACUGACACCGGCGCUUGUGUGCUUCGGCAUCUCCCCACCCUUCGGCAUCUGCUUCGGCAUCUGCGGGCAUACUCACACUACUGUAGAUCGGACGUUUUGCUUUUUUUUUCUUGAGGUAAUCUCGGUCAGAUAGAUACAGGUCUGGCCUUCGAUGCGUCCAGAUACGUGCAAGAUAGUCCUCGUGUGAGCUCAUCCUACUUCGGCAUUGCGGCGCGCAGUACGUACGUGAACUCGCCGCGCGGCGAGCUCGACGGCCAUCAUUAUGGAGAAAGGCGCGGAGCUGAAAGGCCAAGGUGUGCAGAUUCUAUUGGCAGCAGAGCAACAGGCUCAGCAGCUCAUCGAGAAGGCGAGAGCGGGUUUCUGCUUGCUGGUGCAAGGGAGCGAGGGGGCAAAACAUCUUAUCGCGAAGAUGCCUCGUUCUUCGAAGGGAAGAUCAGGUGGAAUGAUGAGGCGGCCUGCACCUCCCCCAGCUCCUCGUCCAGUGGCACAGGCUCCCGCGCCUGCUGUCCCCCAAAGGGAUGGAGGAGGCUCGCUUCUCGGCGGCAUUGGCUCAACAAUUGCCCAAGGAAUGGCGUUUGGAACUGGGAGUGCUGUGGCGCACAGAGCAGUUGAUGCUGUGAUGGGUCCAAGAGGCGGUGGUGCAGCACCUGCGGCUGCUGCUCCGGAGCCUCUUGCAGCUUCAUCCCCUUUCAGGGGUCAGACAGUUGAUGCUUGUGCUAAUCAGGCGAAGGCAUUUCAAGAUUGUCUGGAGCAUAAUAAUUCUGACAUUGGGAAAUGCCAGUUCUAUAUUGAUAUGCUCACUUCCUGCAGACGCAAUGGGACCAUGUUGCAGAUGGAAGUGGAGAACAACGCUGUUCCAAAUGGGCCAAACGACCGUGGCCCUCGGUCUCCUCCGCCUGACCCUGGUCUGGACGGAGAAGACCUGAGCCAUGCUCGUGAACUUAUUCGCCUUUGUUAUGAAGAAGGCAUUUGUCCUCCCGAUAUUGACCCAGGGGAAAUGGAGAUUGAUGGUAGAGAAGUCCGAUUUAGGGUCAAAGCGUCGAUCGACCGAAUCAAAAUUGACUGGUUGAAAGAACGCGUGGUUACCAUUAUAUUCCGGGAAGGGGCUCGUUUCCUUCCUAGAAAGGUUAAGGAUGACAUCGUUAGGGCUUACGAAGAUGUCAAGCUUCAGGAAGGAAUCUUUGAUGCAGAAUCCUUCAGUCGGGGCAUAAUCAAAAUUGAAAGCCCUUAUGUUGUCUCUUAUGUGGCGAAGAGUCGAGCAAUUGCAUCUUGGUUGGUCACGAAAGGCCACGAUUCGCUCACCAUCGGUCAAAUCGAGUACAGACUAGAAUUCAAACCGUGGCUCUCCAAAGCCCAAUUAAGGGAACAGAGGAGGGAAGAGGAGCAAGCCUCGUUUUGGAUAGUUGCGGUUCAGGUCCCUCUCGAUUCGUUUAUCUAUUUGGAGGCGCAGAUCCGUAAGGCAAUUGGGCCUGUUGUCCGUACUCAUCCGAUAGACGUCGAUCGACAAAAGUCAUCCCUAAUCAAUGUUAAAUUUGACCUGGAUCCAGUAUCCAGGGUCAACAUGAAGGACAAGAUUACUGUAAUUACUGCAGAGGAAGAUGAACUAGUGGUGAACUUAGCCUGUUCGGACACCCCACGCUGUCGCAGAUGCAGAGCCUUCUUUCAUGAAGAAGCCCAGUGCAGACGAGCAGCUCAUCCACCACAAGGCCAACCAUCACAGAAUGCUCCAGCUCAAGUCCCAACGUACUCUCAAGCAGCGACGUCUACUCCGCAAUAUCAAGGACCGAUGGUUCCAGGUGCUUCACAGAAUCUGCAUGGUGCGCCGUCAACAGGUCAACAGCUAGGGUAUCAACCUUACCAGAACAUGAUGCUCAAUCCUACCUUCUCGCCUGACAAUUUUCCACAAGGUCAACUGGAGAGAUUGGAGGCGGAAGGUCUCCGUCUCAUUCCCCUCUCAUGGAUUGUGGAAGGGAAGAAAGGAGAACUAUCUCGGAUUUGUGCUCCUCCCUUGCCUUCUGCCGAAUUGCUUUGCGAUGUUGAUAAUCGAUUUUUAGCGGACCGGAAAUUGAACUCAAUGUUUGUUCGGUCCUUCCUGUUGAAGUCUUGGCUCCUGGACCCGCAGGACAGAGCCUUCUCACGAGUUCAUACAGCCUGUCCGAGCUGUCGGAGCUGGGGAUGGCGGAGUGUGACAGGAGCCAGAGCAGUGCUGAGAGUUUCUGCGAAGAUAAGGCUGGUAGUUGCGCCCACAGGAUUCGCAGCUCUCGUGCCGUCGUGAUUGGCCGUGGUUCUGCUGUUCGCCUGUUGAGAGUAGACUAGCUGUCAGACAAUCGU